GUUCCACCUGUCAUUACCGGGGCAGGUUUGGGGCGCAAUAGUAGUUGCUGGGCCCGUCGGCUGCUGGCAUGGGUGGGCGACCCGGCCUUGUUGAACAUGGCUCAUGGAGACAGCCCAGAUCGUUCUUUUUAUCUGUCGUGCCCGGCAUGAUCUCCGGCUGCUGGUCGUGAUCCGUCCCUGUCGUUCCCUCCCUUCUUCUUUCUUUUCAUUUGUCCACCCUGAACUGUGGCCUGGGAACCGGCCGAGUAAACGGCCAUCGUUAGAGGCACAGCGACAGGCCACGACUGGCAUCGGAACUCGCGGCCAUGUCCCAGAUUCCCGGCUCCCCACCGCCUCAGUAUUCUGACAACGGGUCAUCGCUGCCCGAGGUCGUGAACCCGGGCCACUACCCGUACGCCGAUGCGCCUCAGGUUGUCAACUCGGGACCCCAGCACGCGCCAGAACUACACUACCAGUAUGGCGGCCAGUAUCAGCAGCCGCAGCAGCAGCAGCCGUACUAUGACCAGUCACCCGAGGCUGUCUACAAGGCAGACGAGUACAAGGGCAGUGCGGCAGGUGGCACCGCGGCUCCUUAUGAGGUGACUAGCAACGGCACGGCUGCCGGGGCAGGAGCAGGAGCAGGCGGUGCCGGUGCUGACGCAUCGGCGAAGGGUGCCCCUUUCUGGCGGAGGAAGCGUGUGAUGCUGGCUGCCGCUGGUGUGCUGGUGCUUGUCAUUGUCGGUGCCGUUGUUGGCGGCGUCGUGGGAAGUCAGAAGGCAAAGUCGUCCUCUGGAUCCACGUCGUCGUCUGCCAAUGGCUCUGGCCCGCCGGCUGUCGCAACCCCCUCGGCGCCUUUGCCAUCGAGCACCCCAAGCGCUACGGCGGUCUGGACUCCAGCCAGGCGGCCCGGGUCUGCAGCAUCGACUAGCAGAGGCAACGGGGUCUUUACACAGGGCAUCCAGCUCUUCUGGCAGAACGAAGGCUCCACGGACAUCACUUACAGCGUCUACAACAACGGGGCAGACUACGGCCCGCUGAACAAGCUAGAGCUGUCGCGGCCGCCCAAGAACGUGACCUCGCUGGCGGCGACGUCGUGGUUCGUCGACAACAACAGCACAAAGGACGCCAUUGUGCAGCUGUACUACCUGCUCGAGACCGACACCAGCGGCAGGCUCGACAUCGCCAUGGCCGACCUGGUGUGCACGCACAACCAGACGUGCACGGAAAAGGGCACCACGCUCAUCACGGCCAACGCGACGGCCGAGGUCGACACGUUUUCCGACAUAACCGCCGUGUGGCGCCGCGACCAGGAGAACUUCAAGUACAACAACCGCGUGUACUACCAGGCCAAGGGCUCGGGCAACAUCAUCGAGCUCAGCGGCGACUCGGCGACGACGACGGGCUGGGGGGAGAAGGACCUCGGGGUGCAGGCCCAGAACGGCUCCAGCCUGACGUCCGUCUUCGCGCCGGGCUACACCAUGGAGCUGUACUACUUUGACGCCACGGGUAGCAUGACCGAGCUCAUCACCACGGACCACUGGGCGGACCCGGCCGCGAUCGACGUCGAACCGCCCGCUGGGGCCCGCGGCGCGGGCGUGCUCGAGGCCUGCUGGGAGCCCUCGACCAACAUCUUCCGCAUCUACCACGUCACCGACAAGGGCGCCAUCAUGGAGUACGACAGGGACGGCGUCGGCUCGCAGUGGGAAGGGGGCAUGUCCCCCAACGGCCAGACCGUGGACAGCACACUGACCGCAUCGUCGUGGGACGCAGAGGUCAGGCUGUUUUAUAUCCAGCGGGACGAGAUGCAGCGGGCCACGCGGGGCAAGACGUCGUGGAAGAUUGACUUGCUCAAGGACAUUUGAUUCUUUGCGUGUUGCCUGGACCCCCCCUACGAUGGAGCACUCUUGAGAAAGGCAUAUACAUAUGGCUUAAGCUUUAAUACGAAGGGGAACUUACUCUGUGUGUGUGAAAGAUGAAGAGCUCCAGUUUAAUUCACACGGAUACUUGUUACUCCAGCCCAUUGAGAUGACGUUGAGAAAGCCAAAAAAGGGACGACAUCGACGGCACACGGGUCUGGUGUAAGUCUCCACAUGCGAACAAAGGUUAGUGAUCUAAGCACACUGAUGCAGAACUAUGUCAGCUCCUUUUUGCAAUCAGUUUUAUGUGUAAAAAACAGCCGGGUUUGAUUUGUCGAGACAAU